AUGGAUCUCUUCAAGCGGGCAUCGUUCCGCCAUGGUGAGGGCACUAUUGAUACGUGGAAUGACGUCCCCGCGGUGCGAUCAGAUAGGCCGAUCUCGACAUCUCACUUAGCCGCGCCGCCUGUCCAAAAAAAGGAGGCACUGGAAAGUUUUCAGUUAGAACCUGAUGAUCCAAAUAAGAUGAGACAAACACGAAAUCACUACCGAUGCUACCCGGACGUUCCAUAUUAUGGCCUUCUGGAAGGUAUUGAUGUGCAAAUUGAUAUUAAUAGCGCCGCAACUUCGUCUCUCACGGAUUCCUCGUCGCUUAACCUAUCUGGCGUUGCUACGUACAUUUCAGAGCUGAACGGAGCCUUGUGUGAUGUUGUGAAUCGUUAUGGGAGUUUUUUCUACAUUGGGAAUUCUAUGCUCCCUCUAGAUGAUGUUCCACCAGCGAAUGCGACGAUUCCCAGUACUGCCGCGAAGUCCUCUUCGGCCGCCGCGGGGGCUGUCGCCGGCUCCUCUUCGGGCUCUUCUGUUGUCUACGAAGUCUACCUGCACGCCCUCAUAGAGCUCUUCCAGACUAUGUCGCAAAUUCGCAACCGUUGCUGUGCCUCGAAUUUAGCCCCCACCUCGGGGCUUGAUGGAGGCCCUGGCGAGGCGCCGCUGGCGUGCGAGCCGCGUGGUGGCGUCCUCCACACCCAUCACGUCGUCUACGCCCGCCUCAGCGGCCAUCCCACCUUGAAGGAUCUCAGCCUCAUGCUCGCGAUCGAGAGGGGCCGCAUGGUGCUCUUCGUGAGCUCGUCCUCGCGCGUCACCCAGGCCUACCUGUCGGAGCAGGCCGAAGUGGUGCAGUUGAAGCUCCGAUGGGUCUCCGGGGCGGCUCUGGUCUGGGAGCCGGAUCGGUUGCAUUCAAGUGAAGUCAACCCCGUGUUGGCGCUCUGGGAUGUGCUCAUGAAUGCGCCCUUGACGGGCCCGGUGGACGCAACGGACCCCACUCUUGCCGGGUCCGAGAAGGCCGUGCAGGAGGUCCUUUUCCAUCAGAUGGCCGUGGCGUCGCGCGUACUGGAGGGGUUUGGAUGGAUCGUCCUCUCCUCCCUGUCCUUUUCGGGCGCCCGGCAGGGCAAAGCGACCCUGCGGCUUCAGGACCCUUCCGUGCUGCGAGGCACCCGCGAUCGCGACGCCCCGGGCGAUGAGAUCAUCGGCCACCGAUAUGUCUGGCGGCUUGUCGGCCCGUUCCGAAACGUCGUGUUGCCACAUCUUCUUACGCAUAUGUUACAAUGCCUUGUCAAUUUUGAGUGCGCAGGGCACUAUUUACGUAGCUUUAUUGUAAGAACGCGAGGGGCGGACCGGGGGGAGAAACCAGAGCAUCGAAACCCCAAAAGACGCGCUGGACCUGAGAGCGAUGGUGUGGCUGGAUUAUCCUAUAUUCGCUCCGAACGCACUGGGCUGACCACACAGCGAGGGCCAAGCUCGCAGUCAUGGGUUGGGUUCAGUCGCCUCAGUGGGAACGCCUGGCUAAGCGAUGAGGAGCGGCAACAACUGGGUUUGCUUGUAGUGGACGACGAUGGGGAGGUUGCACUUGAAUGUGAGUUUACGCUAGGGGAGAUACGUUACUGCAGGAUGACUCCUAUGGACAAGUUUUCAAAGGAAAGUGUAAUGAAAUGGCAGCUCCGAAAGCGACCUCGCUCUCCUCUUCAGUUGAAUGGCGAUAUGGAGGAUCAUAUGUGCUGGUCUUCUCCAUCAUGUUUCGACUGUGGGGUGCCUGAUUUAUUUAGCGUAGGAAACCCUGAAGAAUGGGGCCCGUAUUUUGAUUGGAACGUUUGCGUUACCCGUCUGUUAGAUUAUACAGAUAACGAAAGCGAUGAGGACGGCUGA